AUGUCCCAAAAAAGGCAGGUCGAUCCUUUGCAUUCGUUAUUGGCAGGUUCCAUUGCUGGCGCUGUAGAGGCUUCUAUCACCUAUCCAUUUGAGUUUGCAAAAACCAGACUACAAUUGGUUGACAAAUCUUCUACGGCAUCUAGAAACCCACUCAGGCUUAUAUACAACACCGCCAGAAUUCAAGGAGUAGGUGCACUUUACGUGGGAUGCCCGGCUUUUAUUGUGGGAAACACGGCAAAAGCAGGCAUCAGAUUCUUAGGUUUUGACGCCAUCAAAAAUGUGUUAAGAGACCCUGUCUCAGGAGAACUGAGUGGUCCAAGGGGGAUUAUAGCUGGUCUUGGAGCUGGUCUGUUAGAGAGUGUUGUGGCAGUAACGCCCUUUGAGGCAAUCAAGACGGCUCUAAUCGAUGAUAAACAGAGCUCCAACCCCAAGUACCACAACAACGGUCGUGGAAUAGUCCGCAAUUACGGCAAGCUAAUAUUGGACCAAGGGUUCACGGGCCUCUACCGUGGUGUCUUACCAGUGUCCAUGAGACAAGCAGCCAACCAAGCGGUCAGGCUGGGAUGCUAUAAUAAGAUCAAGACCAUCAUUCAGGAUUACACGAACACCCCCAAAGACAAACCUCUAUCAUCGGGACUUACCUUCGUUGUGGGUGCUUUCAGCGGUAUAGUCACUGUGUACACUACCAUGCCAAUCGAUACCGUUAAGACCCGGAUGCAGAGUUUGAACUCCUCCAAUUAUUCUUCGACUUUGAAUUGCUUCACGACCGUCUUCAAAGAAGAGGGAUUAAAGACUUUCUGGAAAGGUGCUACGCCAAGAUUAGGUAGACUCAUUUUGAGCGGCGGAAUUGUCUUCACGAUCUAUGAAAAAGUUCUGGUGGUUCUGGGUGCCUAG